UCCUGUUGUCACCACACCUCUGGAUUAGUUCGGUCUCUGAGCUCACGCUGAGCAGAGCUCUCAGUAGGGACUCCCGGGCUCGGAGAGGGAAAGGCUUCUUGUGAAUGGGACACUCACUCUCUCCAGUUUCCACAUGUGGAGAUUAUACUUCUUCAUCAGUUUGAUAUGCUUGGUGAGAUCAGACACAGAUGAGACAUGUCCUUCAUUCACCAAACUGAGCUUUCACAGUGCAGUGGUUGGUACAGGACUAGACGUGAGGUUGAUGGUUUACACUUGGAGAAACCGGACCUGCCCACAAAUUGUCAACUCCGUGAAUUUGGGGAACUUGAAUGUGGCCAAGAAAACCACCUUUGUCAUCCAUGGAUUCAGACCAACAGGCUCCGCUCCAGUUUGGAUGGAAGCCUUAGUACAGGGUUUACUCUCUGUAGAAGACAUGAACGUGGUUGUUGUUGACUGGAAUCGUGGAGCUACAACUGUAAUAUACUCCUCGGCCACUGGUAAAACCAAAAAAGUAGCAACAGUCCUGAAGGAUUUUAUUGACCGGAUGUUGGUAGAAGGAGCUUCUCUUGACAACAUUUACAUGAUUGGAGUAAGUUUAGGAGCCCACAUAGCUGGGUUUGUUGGAAAGAUGUUCGAUGGGCAGCUGGGGAGAAUUACAGGUCUUGACCCUGCAGGCCCUUCAUACAACGGGAAACCUCCGGAGGAGAGAUUAGAUUCCAGGGACGCUCAGUUCGUUGAUGUCAUCCACUCAGACACUGACGCAAUGGGCUACAGAGAACCUUUAGGAAACAUAGACUUCUACCCAAAUGGAGGUUUGGACCAACCUGGUUGCCCCCAAACAAUAUUUGGAGGAAUCGCAGCGUACUUUAAAUGCGACCACCAGAGGUCCGUGUACCUGUACCUUUCUUCCCUGAGAGAGAACUGUAGUAUCACUGCGUAUCCCUGUGACUCCUACCGGAAUUAUAGGAAUGGCCAAUGUGUCACCUGCGGCACACUGCACAAGGAGUCCUGUCCCCUUCUGGGCUAUUAUGCUGAUAAUUGGAAAGACUAUUUAAGAGAGAAAGAUCCUCCUAUGACUAAAGCAUUCUUUGACACAGCUGAGAAGGAACCCUACUGCAUAUAUCAUUACUUUGUGGACAUUAUAAUUUGGAACAAGAACGUAAGAAGAGGGUCCAUUACAAUCAAAUUGAGAGACAAAGCUGGAGACACCACAGAAUCCAAAAUCAAUCAUGAGCCCUCAACAUUUCAGAAAUACCAGCAAGUGAGUUUGCUUGCAAGAUUUAAUAAAGAUCUGGAUAAAGUGGCAUCAAUUUCCUUGGUGUUCUCUACAGGCAAUAUAAUAGGCCCAAAGUACAAGCUCAGGAUUCUCCGCAUGAAAUUAAGAUCACUUGCCCAUCCAGACAGACCCCAGUUGUGUCGGUAUGAUCUCGUACUGAUGGAAAACGUGGAGACAUUCUUCCAGCCUAUUCACUGCUCCAAGUUGCAAUUGUAACUUGUCAGGACAGGAGGGCACCAGUAACAUCAAGAAAGCACAACUACAGACUUUUUCAAAGCUUCACCUUGCCUUGUUCUCUAGGCACAAAACAUAGGGAGUAACCCGGGUUUUUCUCAGUAAUGUCCUGUGGAUGUCAAGUGCGAAAAUGUCAAACAACCUUGGAUUAUAAAACAGUUCUGGGGAGGGAGCCCCUAAGUAGAGCAAGUCAGAAAUAGCCAGGCUGUCCAUAGCCCUGAGGUUUGUCUGCCUGAAUCCUGGGACUUCUUUUGUUCUGACCUGUAACGGUGGAGGCUGGUCGAGUAUCUUUAAGGGAAAGACUGGUAGGAAACCUCACUUUGGACUUCCUUUUCAUCUCUGUGCCAAAAUCCCCAAAUCCUCUGGGUCUCCGCAGUGGGAGUUGGAGGCUGAUCUAUCUCAGGGCUGUUGGGUGGACUUGGGAGGCAGGUGUGAAAUAUUCUUUGAAUCCCAUGGCCACCUCUGUGAGUGGUUUGAUAAAUGUGAAAUGUUUUUAUUUAUUUUGAUAUGUCUUAUCUCAUGUGCAAUCAGGCAACUUCUCUUUAUCACAUCAGCCUCUUUCUGGAGUGGUUUGCUUCAGGAAAGCAGAAAGGGACACCGUUGGUGCAGGGGGAGAUUGGAGCAGCUGCUGGGACUAGAAAGCAAGUGGAUGAAGGAGGAUGGUAGAUGAAGCCAGGCAGCUUUCAGUUCAGUCACCAGGGAGGGAGUGAGAGGCAGGGAAGAAAAGCAGAGCUUGCUUUUCACUUCAGGUGAAGAAGGAUCACUUUUUAGGCAACUGUCAUUUUAAGCAAUAAACAUUAAACAUGUUUAUUUUUCCUUAUUACUAAUGUAAUCCAUGAUUAUUGAAGGGCAUUCAGAAAACGCAAAGAUGCAAAAUGAAAAUACACUUUCCCUAAUCUUGCCUAUUAAAGGGAUUGCUGUUAACCUUUUGAAAUGAUGCUAAAUAAACUUGUUUUGCUAACACGUGAAUCCAAAGCAUAAACCACUUUGUUCUUAGAGCACCUGAAGCUUCCAGUCUGAGGAAAUUUUGGGCUUCCCCCAAAGUGGAUGUGCUCCGUAAUCUGGCGUGACAACCA